UAUAUAAUUAGCAAAUGUUGAGCUUGUUUAAAUUAGUUUUCAGAGUGAUUACAUUAGAAGUGUUUCUCCGUGAGUGCAUAUGUUCAUAUCGCAACAUAUUUGUCGUCGCCAUGUUUUUUAUCGCACUUUUCCUAAUUGCGCUCACUGCCCUGUACUGGUACAGUACCAAAAACUUCAACUAUUGGAAAGAUAGAGGUAUCAAACACGACAAACCAAUUCCCUUGUUUGGUACAAUGGCAAGAAAUUACCUGUUCCAAAAGAGUCUUACUGAAAUUGCUGUUUACAAUUACUGGAAAUAUCCCAAAGAAAAAGUCGUAGGAAUGUUCAUGGCCAUCGCUCCCGCUCUAUGUCUAAGGGAUCCGGAGAUCAUAAAAGAGGUGCUAACUACAGACUUUUUAUACUUUUAUCCGCGAGGACUUAACUCUCACGACGAAGUGAUAGAGCCUAUGAUGAAGAAUCUUUUCUUUGCGGAUGGUGACCUAUGGCGACUACUGCGGCAGCGAAUGACGCCCGCAUUCACGACCGGCAAGCUGCGUGCCAUGUUCCCGCUGAUAGUGGAGCGUGCUGAGAAACUGCAAACCAGGACCGCCAACGCUGCUGCCAAAGGAAAGGCUCUGGACGCCCGCGACCUCAUGGCCCGGUACACUACUGACUUUAUAGGUGCUUGUGGUUUUGGCCUCGACUCAGAUUCACUCAACGACGAGGAAUCUGCUUUCAGAAAGCUAGGUAUUAAAAUCUUUAAGGUAGAAAUAAUGCAGGCAAUCGUCCUUUGCUUGAAAGACUUCUUCCCAGAAGUGUUCAAACACUUUAAGAUACUAGGAAACGUUGAAGGCGACGUAAAAGAUCUGGUAAGAGCAAUUUUAAAACAGAGAAAUUAUCAGCCCUCUGGAAGGAAUGACUUUAUCGACCUACUACUUGAGUGCAGAGAGAAAGGAACAUUAAAGGGAGAGUCUAUAGAAAGAAAAAAAGAGGAUGGUACUCCAGAAGAAGCAACGGCAGUUCUAGAUGAAGAACUUAUGGCUGCGCAAGUGUUCGUUUUCUUUGCCGCUGGUUUCGAGACUUCAUCUUCAGCCACCAGUUUCACUUUACAUCAGCUAGCCUUUAAUCCGGAAGUGCAAAAGAAAGUACAGGAUGAUAUUGAUAGAGUGCUGGCUAAACACAACGACAAACUCAGUUAUGAAGCGAUUAAAGAAAUGAGAUAUUUAGAUUGGACGUUUAAAGAAGGCAUGAGGAUGUUCCCUUCACUCGGGUUUCUAAUAAGGAAGUGUGCGAAGCAAUACACGUUCCAGAAGCUAGAUUUGACAAUCGACCCGGGCGUGCGUAUUUUUGUGCCGUUGCAGGCGCUACACAUGGACCCGCUUUAUUUUGAUAAUCCUCAGGAAUUCCGACCGGAGCGAUUUGAUCCUGAUGUGUUUGACAGUAACUUGAAGAAUAUAUACUUACCCUUCGGUAUUGGACCGCGAGCGUGUAUUGGAGAGCGGUUGGGGCACAUGCAGUCUCUGGCGGGUCUGGCGGCGGUGUUAUCGCGGUUCUCGGUGCGGCCGGCGCCGGAGACGGUGCGCCAUCCCACAGUAUCACCCAGUUCAGACAUAGUGCAGAGCAUAAAGGGUGGACUCCCUCUAUUAUUCGAACCAAGAAAUAUCAGUGGUUCCUAGUAAUUUAAAAUAGUAAAGUAUGACAGAUCUUUGCGACGAUGUUUCCAGAAGAACUGACAAAAAGAUUUCUACAAAUUAGAAUUAUUGUUGAUAUAGAUAAAGAAAGUUCAUACACUUGUGGAUACAUAAUUAUGUAGUUCGAAUAAAGACGAAUUGAUUUUUAUUUUUGAAAGUGAUUUUUGUUUUCUCUGAGAGUAGUCUCGUAACUUAAAUAAUUUUGCUCCCAACUCAAUA